AUGCUGAUCGAGGGCAAAAAGGCGCUCGUGUUUGGCGGGACCAGUGGGAUUGGGCUGGCGGCAUCGCGCUUACUGAAGCAACGAGGUGCCACAGUCGUUGCCGCGUCUCGUGACCCGUCCAAGGUGCCGGCCGUCAUUGCGGCUGAGCUGAAGUUGCGACCGUGCGACGUUCUCGAUGCCGCCGCCGUGAGCGCCCUCUGCGCGGACGAGGCGCCGUUUGACAUUGUUGUGAGCGCUGCGACGGGCGGCGGUCGCGCCCUCGGGCCAUUUCUCGAGAUGGGGCUCGAUGGCUACAAGGGGUCCUUUGACAAGCUGUGGGGAUACGCAAAUGUGGUCCAGUGCGCGGUGCCGCACCUCAGUGCAACGGGCUGCGUCGUGCUCGUGAGCGGGGCUCCAGCUCGCAAGCCGAAACCAGGCCAGGUGGCACUGGCGAGCGUCGGCGCCGCCGUCGAGCAGAUGGCGCGCUCCAUCGCACGGGAGGUCGCGCCGCGCCGCAUCAACGUGGUGAGCCCGGGCAUCAUCGCGACGCCGAUGUUUGGGUCGGCGGACGGCACUACGAACUCGCGGCUGAAUGAGAUGACGGCCGCCAACGCAAUCGCGAGGCCUGGCCAGCCCGAGGAGGUGGCCAAGGGGAUCAUCUUUGCCAUAGAAAACGAUUUUGUGACGGGCACGACGAUUGACGUCGAUGGAGGCUGGCUUUGCCCUUGA